CACCAUCACUUCCCUCAUAAUCACAUAAUACCACAAUCGACUCCAACGAUAUCUUCCUCAUCAACGUUAACAUGGUCCGCGUUCUCACCAUUGUUGCUAUGCUCUUUGCUGGUGCAAGCAGCGUUGCUGCUUCGUACUGUCAGUGUCUUUACCCAGACGGCAGCCACUGCUGCGUGAUUAACAAUGAGGUCAAUGACUGCCAGAGAAUGUGUAUGAGGGCGUCUCAGGACCAUACAACGGCCGGGGAGUGCAAAGCCAACGGAAAAUUCUCCAAUGUCAGCGGGUGGAACGCCCUGCACCGCACGCAGUGUGAGCCACCCUUCCUCUACUAAAUACUGUCAUCUACUCGCUCCAUCAACAAAGUUCCUACGAGGGCGUUUUCUAAGUGAAACUCUACCAAAGGAAGACAUGCAGUAGACCUUUUCAGAUUAUUAAGGGUAAUGUCCCUAAAUAUGUAGUUCAAUAAGGACAAAGAGCGUGAUAUUGUGUUAUCGGACAGCUUUUAGAUAGUUAAUUAAAUAUUAGGGGCUUGUUGAGGGCAUAUCAAUAGCCCGUCUAAGGCUCUAGAAUCUAUGCUAUCACUUCGCUUCUUAGAGGCUGUUUUGUAGAAUUAGCGCUUAGUAUGUUGUAUAGAGUAGAGUACUACAUGUAGAGGGUUAGGUCCAAGUAUUUCUUUUAAAGGUUGAAAAGCGACAAAAUGGUACAAGAUUUUAAGAUUGUUUUUUUUUAACUUUUU